UGAAGGUCAUCGUCACCGGACAAUCAAACCUUUUGGACCAUAGGCCUAUGUUGUGAUUUCGAACUGUUCCUAUUAUCUCUAAUUCAUGUGGCUUGUCUACCGUUAAAGGAUGCCACUAGAAUUUGUCAUGUCAUUGGACAUACAGGUGCUGACUUGUUGAACUAAUUACUUGAAUCGAUUUCCUUCAAUAAGCUUAACAAAUGUUUAGGCACAGUCAAGAGGUGCCAAAUAUUUUUUUGGGGAUUGAGUGAUCAAAGUAGUAUCGUAGUAAUUCACUAGCGCUUGUCUCCACAUGAGUUCACUACGUCGGAAUCCUGUAGGGAAUGCAAGAUUCUUCACUACUGGUAGAAUGUCACAUAAAAAUGUUUCCAAAUUUUGUCGGUCUCCGGGGGGAAUCCUUUUUUCGAGUGUAUCAGGUGGGUUUCCCGACGUCCAUUCCUCAGACGGAUACUCUGCAAACGUUCCAGCGAAGUGUGCUCAGAAGGAAGAUGAAAGGAAUAUCCACCCUGUCUCUCUCUUUAAUAGCCUUCUAGAUCCUAACAUCGAGUUACCAACAAUUAGUGUUCGAGAAGUUGAUGAAAUACUCAGCAAUCUGACUUCUGAAAACUCGUCUCCAUCCAAACCCCCUAAUGGUUUAUCAAGCAACAGUACUACCCAUAUUAAUUUCUGUGAUAUACCUGACAGUCUAUGUCACGAUUCAGUCAGAUACAUUAAAAGUGAAGCUAUCAGUAAGCCACAUCCUUUCAGUGGAAAAAAUUGUUCGUUGAAGUCUGUCAAAGUCAGCCUUAUCAAUGAGACUGAAGGCAUAGGACACAAUGUAGCUAAUGAUUCAUCUAUGUGUAUCAAUAGUCCUCAAGUUGACCGACUACCUGUGUCAUCAAAUGUAUGCCACACCUUGGUUUUGGAUAGUACUGUCUCUUCUGAGGCUAGAAAUUCAUUCGAUGAUCUAGGCACUCUUGACAGCCCACCUGUACAAAAUUCUUGUCAUAUAUCUUCCUCUAGGCAUCAGACCAUUGAUGUUAAGAAACACGGAAAUGAAAUUCCCCAUAAGAAGAAUAAUCCAAAAACUGUUUCUCUUCAAUCAAUGGAGGAUAUACUUCCCCUUUUUCCAUCAUGCCGAAGUGUAGCUGAAUUAGGUGCAUUAGCACUUGGGUCAGAGUCCAGCGGAACAGUGGCUCAUAAACAUAAGUUCCCCAAUGCAACACUGCGCUCUAAAGCGUGCUCUGGUACGAACCUCUGCAACAUAUCCACAAAAGCCUCCAUAUCUAAUGUUCUUCGUGAUCGCUCUCCAAUUGGAAGUCUCGACUUGGCCACUCAUGCAAGAUACCAAAAUUCUUUUAACGCUUCAAAUAUUCAUGAGGCAAGCAGGUAUCGACAAGCAUAUCUGUCAGUAAGAAAAGCAAAUCAGGCCAAAAUUUUGUCCAAAUCUACUGCGAAUACGGAUGAGUUUUCUGUUUUUAAUGCUAAAAGUCAAGGAAAUACAGGCAAUCAACAUGUUUCUUAUCAACCACUGAAAAGUCCUCAGCCCACGGCGGGUAUGGAAAUCACGUCGACAAAUCGUCUUGGUUGUUCAACAGGUACUACUUCGGAUGACCGUUUCAAACAUAUUUGUCCUCAUCCAAGGUGCGGUCGUCGAUACCAGGCUGAAAUUGGACUUCUUCGUCAUUUAGUUAAAUAUCACGGUGAACAAAUUGAGUUGCCUCAGAGAACGCGCCCUGUAGCUAAUCAGCAAAUGUUGAGACGUCCGGCAUCAGAGGAAAGGACGAUAACAUCCAUAGAAUUUAAUGAUAUUGACGAAAUGGAUAAAAUUUCCCCGAAACAAAGCUUAUCUAAAAAUAGAACUGUAUCACUGUCACAUUCAAAAAGUUUUUUGGAAUCAAAUCAAAUUGAAAUGACUAAAAUAGACUUCAAUCCUUCGACUUUACCUUUCGAAACUAUUCAGAUAAACGAAUAUACUUCGUCGGAUGAGUUAUCUUGUGAUAAGAUAAAAGAGGUAACACCUAUAUUGGAUAAGGGAUUGUCUUUUGUUUGUCCGACUACUUCCAAUGAAGAUGGGACAUCUGUUUCAGUCCCAUUGAUUGAUCUAAACACAGAUAUAUGUUCCAAUAAUUUCAAGAUUUCAGUAGAUAUGGAUAGUACCAAUUCAAAUGAUGUUACUAUACAUUCAUUAACAGAUGAAACAAAACUUCCGGUAUUAAUCAAACAACCAUUCAGAAAACAGCCUAGAUUACGAUCAGUCAGCGGUGGUAGUCAUAAUGAUUUACCGAUUAUUAAAAAUACAAUUAAUUCAAUAAAUCCAUCUGAUAUAACAAUUCAAUGUAAACAUCAAUUAUCAGCACUGUCAAAUCUGUCAACAUCUUAUAUAACUACGGUGAAUAAACAAAAAGUUUGCAAAAUAGAUAAUUGUCGACGACGUACAUUAAGUACUGGUCAUGAUCCUCGACAAGUAUUAAGUAUGAAUAGUGAUAACAUUGACAAUAAUCAUCAUGAUAAUAAUAAUGAUAAUUUAAGUAAUAAAUGUCCAAGUUGUGGACAUAUUGUUGAUUGGAAUUUAUGUAAAACUAAACAACGUGAAUGGAUAAGUGGUGUGCAUGCGUUGAGUUGUUCAAAAACCGAUUGUGUCUAUUGUCCAGUUGAUAAUUGCACCUAUUUGUGUUCAGGUAGAGCUGAUUUAUCUGCUCACUUAACAAGUAUUCAUUUUCCGGAAAUUCAACAUCAGCUUGUGCGGUUAAUUUUUGCUUGUCCACUUAAAGAUUGUCAAAUUAUUUGUUCUGAUGAAGCAUCAUUUCAAGCUCAUUUCACUGGGCAUCUCCAUGGUCAUCUUCCAGGUGAUUUAACUGAACUAUUCAAUCCAUCCUCUUUAACAACAACUAUCGGAACAAAAAUAUUAUCACCCACAGCUAUGACAACAGUUACAUCAACACCAGUGGUUGUAACAUCUACACCUAUUGUACAGUCAUUAAUAGACAAUUGUGUUGACACAUCAUCGCAUUCAUUAUCAUCAAACCUUUCGUAUGGACAAACAACUCACUGUUUAACAGAUUACACUACUACUACAUUGUCCCAGUCUUCAGCAUGUGACAAUUAUCAUGUAUCACUAAUUAAUAUUCAACCCAAUCUAGUAGUCGGAGGGAAUAACCUUUCGGGCACUUAUGAAAAAUCACCCGAUUCAGAUAGUAUUCAUUCAGAGGCAACACUAGUUACAGCUGGGGCGGCAACACCCACGGCAGUAGAUCUAAUUCCUUCUAAUCAUACCUCAUCGUUUGAUAACUCCACUGAAUCUAUGUUAAUAAACCAUCAACAAUCUGCGUCCAUUGUCUCUGUGCCCUCAGAUUUAAACGGUUUCAGUCAUUAUUGUCCCCACCAACAUCAUCAUCAAAGACAGCAGCAACCACAACAGCAUUUCUCUGUGUUCCCAAGUUCUCCACUAUUCCCCAAUCAUGAAGGUUCAAUAACUACAUUAUCGGAAGCUCUUAAAUCUGAUACUGACGAUAAUGUUAAUGAUGUUUCAAAUAAUUUUACCAAUGUUGGGACUACUGAAACAGAUCAUGUGGAUUUGACAGAUAAUCGGAAUUUAUUGUCAGCCCUUGACUUAAUACCUGAUGAUAUAUUGAUUGAAUUACUUAAAGAAGAUAGAGCAAGUUUAUGGGGUGAUCCUGUUACGAGUAAUAAUAAUAACAAUAGAAGUAAUCGCGCAACCAAUUCAGUUUUAUCAGCUCCUUAUGAAUGUAACACAGAGUCGUCUUGUUCAAUUGUUGAUAAUACUAAUAAUACUAACAAUAUAAACGAUAAUUACAUACCAAUAAAAUGUGUAGAGAACAAUGAAGAAGAUUAUAGUGUUAAUUAUAAUCCAUGUGAUACAUCCAGUAUACAUGAUUCCAUUGAUAAUUGGAUUGAUUUCAAUGUAACUGAUUCUGUUUCACGAUUAAAUUCAUUGGAAAAUCUUCAUAAAAGGAAUGUAAGCAGUUCAAAUCUAUCAGAUGAUUCUAAUAGUGGUGGAAGUAGUAGUAAUAGUAGUUGGAUUCCAUUAAAUCUGAUUCAUCAUACAUGGUCAUCUGCAAUUGCUAAUGAAAAACUAUCCAAUUCUAAUUACAAUUAUAAUAAUAUUAAUUUAAUGAAUGAUUUUAAUCAACGUCAUUUCAAUUGCCCACAUCGCGUUAUCUCAGAUUUGACUGCUGCAUUAAUCCUACCAGAUGUUGAACGUCGUUUAAAAGCGUCAAUUUCUGCAACACAUUCUACUACUUCUACUAAUCAUAAGAAUAAACGUAAUAAAUCAAAUUUGCCAUCAUCAUCAACAAUUUGUUCAUCGAUUCUUAGUUCACAAGCAUCAUCUCAAACUACUUUCUCAGCAAUUACAACAGGUACUACAAAAGCACAUCAAUCAUGUUGUUCCGGUAAACGUAGACGUAAUGCUUCUGAGUCACCUCCACUAUCCACUUAUAAUACAACAUCGUUUAAUAACAAUAAUGUUAUAAAAUCGUCAUUAUCAUCAUCUGAUUGUUGGAAACAAAGUAUGAACAAUAUUCAAGUUAUUUCACCUAAUUUAAUGAAGCGUCCAUAUCAUUCAAAAACUUUAAUAUCAGUUGGUAAUCAUAAUGAUAGUAAUAAUAAUACGUCACAUUGUCUAAAAACAACAGCAGCAGUUCAAUUGGACUCGGAAACCUUGAAUUCAAAAGUCAGUAAUAAUAAUAAUAACAAUGACAAGAAUCAUAAUUGUUCAACAAUUGAACAACAACAACAAACUAUUGAACAAACUGUUGGCGGACAUUAUGAACAGAAUGGUAAUCAUAACGUGGUUAAGAUUAAUUUAACUGAAGAACAGGAACAAGAACGAGAACAACAAUUAUUUGUGAAUUCUACCAAUGCUACCACUAAUAAUAAUAAUUCAACUAAUUUAUUUCCUACUAAAUUACGUAUGCAACAUGAAUCAAGAAAACGUUUAAAAAAGCAUCAAAAAUCAUCUACACUAACUUGUCGAACUUUGUUCACACCUCCUUCUUAUUCCAUUGAUAAAUAUAUCAUACCUAGACCGGUUCUGCCUAGGCGUCAUUCAAUGUUGGCUUCAUCAUAUAAUCUCGUAGUUUCCGAUUAUGGCUUUACGCAUUUACCUCAUUGACAAUAAUGAUAAUUUCAUGUAUUUAUGUAAGCGUGUGUAUGUUUGUUUGUUUUAUUAUCUACUGCCUACACUACUACUUGAUACCUCCUCUCAAAGUCAUAUCUCUCUUCGUUAACAUUAUUUUCAGUUUUUGUCUGUUUUGGGUUGUGUUUUUUUCUUUGCAACUUUAUUUUCAUUUAGUAUGAUGAUUUCACGUCGUUAUGUCUCUCUACUGAUUAUUUGUAUCGUAAUGAUUCUCAUAUUAAUCUCCAUACAUAUAUUUAAACUAAAUGGGACUUGACCACCUCCCCUCUGUGUGUGUGUGCACGUAAAGAGAGGAUUCUUAUCAUGAUUUAUUGACUACCUUUUCAUUUGUUUGUUUUUUCUGUGUUAAUUGUUUCUUGUGGUUGUCAUUUAUAUCAUUCACUUUCUGAAGGACGAUUCAUGUAAUGUUUAGUUUGUUAUACAUAUAUAAGUAUAUCAUUUGUCAUCUCUUCCUAAAUAUUUGUACUUAUUACAUUUCCCUACCUGUAAGUAGUUCAAGUAAUCUGUUUUCAUCUAUCAAGUCUUAUGAAAUUCAAUUACCCCCACCACUAAAUAAAUGAUACUAAUGCAACAAUCAUUGAUUGAUUCUAUUUAUUUGUUCAGGUUACAUUUUCUUCCAUCAUCAAUUCUAGGCAUAUUUCUUUCUUUACCAUUUACUUCUAGUAUUCCAUUUCUUUUCUAGAUUUUUUUUAAUGCGCCAUAUCCAACAUAAUUCUCCCUACAUUUUGUACAUUCUCUUAUCUCUCUCUCUCUCUCUUGCUCUUCCUCUCAAACAUAAAUUCAGUAAUUCAUAUUGUAUUAAUCCUGUUUAUUAUCAGUCGUCGUUGUUGUUGUUGUUGUUUUUAUUUAUCUUGAUUACUUCUCCAUAAAUAUAAACAAUAAGAUCUCGUAUUUGUUGUUUCAUUUCACUUCUUUAUUUUGUUUUCCUCAACUAUACACAAAAUAUAUGUGUAGUUUUUUUUGUCUUAUCCUCUCUCUUAUUACUUAUAUAAUCAAUAUGAUAAUGUCAUUAGUAUUUUGAUUAUGAACUAAACAUUAACUACUUCUCAACUAAUUCUCUAUUCUACAUACAGUUCUUUAUUAUCAUUUGUUUGUUUUUAUUUUCGUACAUAAAACAAACAAAUAAUAAAACUACCUUGGUUUGUUGCAUUUUCAUUAUUUGACCAAUAAAUUAUUAAAUAAUACUUUCUAUAUAGACUAUUCUAUUGAUGAAUAAAAGAUCUUGAUAGUAUUAUUUAUUUAUUUAUUUAACUUUUAUACUUUUCAAUGUUGAAUUUCUUUCAACUAUAUACAUAUAUAUAAUUCUUGUGAUAAGUGCAAAUUUUUAUGUUCAUUUAUGUUUCUGUUUAAGACAAGUCACAUAUAUGAUAUGUUGAGUUCAUAUAUGAAAUAUACUUGAAAGUGAGAUUAAAAUCUAUCCUCAUUCUAAUUGUUCUAAAAUUCAUGGUUAAUUUUGUUGUUGUUGUUUAUUUUUCAGAGUUCAUCCCCUUUUUUUAUGAUUGAAUUUACCUGAUGACGUGGUAUUGAACGUUUGAUAGAAAACGUUUUUUUU